AUGAUUGCUGUUGAUAAUGCACCUCUAUCAAUAGUCGAAAAUGAUGGUUUUAAGCUACUGAUAAAAACAGCAGUUCCAUUAUAUAAUCUUCCUAGUAGGAAGACAAUCACAAAACUAAUGACUAUGAAAUAUGAAAUGCUCAAGAAGGAUGUCAAGGUACAUCUCAAAGAAGUUACAUCAUACACAAUAACCUGCGAUAAUUGGACGGACAUAAGCAAUCAAAGUUACAUUGGAAUAACAAUUCAUUAUGCGAUGCCCAACGGAACACUGAAGAAUAGAUGUUUGGCAGUUGAAUCAUUACAUGAAAGUCAUACAGCUACAUAUCUAUCAGAAAUUCUACUUUCCGUACUCGAUUCCUUCGAAUUAAAUCCAGAGAACGCGACAGCCAUUGUCUCUGAUAGUGCAGCAAAUAUAAAAAGAGCUGUGUACGAUUCGUUUGGUCGAGCCAAGCACUUAGCGUGUUUUGCUCACGUACUGUCACAUUUGAUUCCCGAUGUGAUGACUUCUAAUUCGAUGACAAACGUGAGAGAUACUAUUACAAAAGUGAGAAAUAUUGUCACUUUGGUAAAAAGAAGUGUCGUAGCUUCGGAUGAAUUAAAACGAUUACAAGUUCGCGACGGAAAAACUGUAUCAACAGCUCUCAAAUUCAUCCAAGACGUUCCAACUCGAUGGAAUUCAACUUUAUACAUGCUGGAGAGAUUCCUCAUUCUCGAGGAAUUGUUUAUCCUGUAA